AUGGGAAACAUAUUAUUUCUAAUUGGCCUCACACUCAUCAUCGGAACAACCAAAACCGUCGCGUUCUUUGCUCGCAAGCAGAAAUGGAAAGGCACGGUGGCUUUUGUCGCUGGUAUAUCGCUUAUUCUGAUGCGAUGGGCUUUCAUCGGCUUCAUAAUUGAGCUAUACGGCAUACUCGUUCUGUUUGGGGAUUUCCUGAUGACAAUCGCGGGUUUCGUCAGUAACGUACCGGUGAUUGGACCGUAUAUUGCUAGGGCACUGGAGGCGAUAAGUGGUGCGAGACGGAAUGCCGAUCUGCCUGUUUGA